AUGAAUCCGCCGAUUGCCCUCUCUUCUUCCCGUCGCUCUCCCUUCCCGUCGUGCUCCCUUCCCGUCGCCCUCCCUUCCCCUCUGCCUCCCUUCCCGUCGCCUUCCCUUCCCGUCGCCUACCCUUCCCGUCGCCCGCGCUUUUGUUCCGUCGCCGUCCGUUCGUCUCGUCGCCCUCCCUUCCGCUCGUCCGCUGCUCUCCCCGUCAAUUCUCUCCCCGUCGCCCACGCGUUCCCUGUCAAUUCACUCUCCGUCGCGCUCGCUUUCCCUGUCAUUUCUCUCUCCGUCGCGCUCUCUUUCCCCGUCAUUUCUCUCUCCGUCGCGCUCUCUAACCCCGUCAUUUCUCUCUCCGUCGCGCUCGCUUUCCCCGUCCCCCUGCCAUCCACUGCUCGUCGACCUCGCCUUCCCUCCCGCCUCCCUUCCCACCUCGCACACAAGUCACCCUACGUAUUCUCCCCCUACUCCCUCUUAUCCCUCCCGCUAAUAAUCGCCUUCCUUCCCCCCCCCCCCUUCCCUGCUUUUCCCGAUCCCCUUCCCUGCUUUCCCCCAUCCCGUGCCCUGCUUUCCCCCCUUCCCUGCCCUGCUUCCCUCCAUCCCCUUCCCUGCUUCCGCAUGUCCCUUGCCUUGCUUUUUCCCAUCCCUCUCCCUGCUUCCCCCCAUCCCCCUCCCUGCUUCCCCCCAUCCCCUUCCCAUGCUCCCCCUAUCCCUUUCCCUGCGUCCUCCCAUCCUCUUCCCUGCUUCCCCCCAUCCCUCUCCCUGCUUCCCCCCAUCCCUCUCCUUGCUUCCCCCCAUCCCCCUCCCUGCUUCCCCCCAUCCCCCUCCCUCUUCCCCCCUUCCCCCCGGCUUCCCCCCAUCCGUAUUUCUGCUUCCCCCCCCCCCUUCUCUGCCCUGCUUCCCCCCAUCCCCUUACGUGCUUCCCCCCAUCCCCUUCCCUGCUUCCCCAUGUCCCCUUACCUGCUUCCCCUUGUCCCCUUACCUACUUCCCCCCCUCCCGUUUCCUUCUUCCCCAUGUCCCCUUCCCUUCUUCCCCAUGUCCCCUUCCCUUCUUCCCCAUGUCCCCUUCCCUGCAUCCCUGCAGGGUCUCCUCGCCCGCCACCCCACUUUGCUCAACCCCGACAUUUCACGCCCUGA